AUGCCAUCUACCGCGCUUCGCAUGGCGACCUUGCGAGCCUUUGCUCGCCAUGGCACAAAUCCUUCUCCCAUUUUGUCCAGAUCAUUCUCCGUGUCGUUGCGCCGCGCCGAGAUCAACAAGGUCUUUCCUUCUGCCUCGGAAGCACUCAAGGAUAUGAAACCAAACUCGACGCUCCUUUGUGGAGGAUUCGGCCUUUGCGGUGUCCCUGACACUCUCAUCGACGAGGUUCUCCAAAAGCCUGACAUCAAGGGCCUUACCGCUGUGUCCAACAAUGCCGGUACAGACAACUCUGGGCUCGGCAAGCUCCUCAAGACCAAACAGGUCAAGAAGAUGGUUGCCAGUUACAUUGGAGAAAACAAGACCUUUGAAACCAUGGAACUCUGGCGGAGCGUUGCGCUGCUGGUGGCAAAGGGCAUUCCUGCCUUCUAUACUCCCGCUGCAUUUGGCACCGUUGUUCAGACUGGUGACCUACCCUUGAAAAACAAAGCUGACGGCACCCCUGAUGAAUACUCGUAUCCCAAGGACGUCAAGGUGUUCAAUGGCAAGUCAUAUCUAUUGGAGCACGCCAUUGAUGGUGACUACGCCUUUGUCAAGGCUUACAAGGCGGACAAACUUGGCAAUUGCCAGUUCCGUCUUGCUGCCCACAACUUCAACGGUGCCAUGGGUCGCAACGCCAAGAUGACUAUUGUCGAAGCCGAGCAUAUUGUCGAACCUGGCGAGAUCCCUCCCGAAGCCGUCCACCUACCGGGUAUCUACGUGAAGCGUGUCAUUCAGAGCACCAGCGAAAAGAACAUCGAAAAAUUUACCUUUGCCAAGGACGAGAACGAUGCUGACGCCAAGGCUGCCUUGGGCUCUGGCGACACAGCUGCCAAACGCGAGCGUAUUGUCAAGAGGGCCGCCAAGGAAUUUAAGAACGGCAUGUACGCCAAUCUUGGCAUUGGCAUGCCCAUGCUCGCGCCGGGUUUCGUUGGCCCAGAGGUUGAGGUUCAGCUUCAGUCUGAAAAUGGCAUUCUCGGCUUGGGACCUUAUCCCAAGAAGGGUAGCGAGGACGCUGAUUUGAUCAAUGCUGGAAAAGAGACGGUGACCCUUAACCGCGGCGCAGCUGUCUUUGGUAGCGAAGAGAGCUUUGGCAUGAUUCGCAGUGGAAGAAUUAAUCUCACUAUUUUGGGCGCCAUGCAAGUCAGUGGAACCGGCGACCUUGCCAACUGGAUGUUGCCAGGCAAGGUCAAAGGCUUUGGAGGUGCCAUGGACCUUGUCAGCAACCCCUCAAAGACCAAGGUGGUUGUGACAAUGGAGCACACCGACAAGAAGGGCAACCCUAAGAUUGUCAAGCAGUGUGCAUUCCCCUUGACUGGACGUGCAUGUGUGUCUCGAAUCAUUACUGAACUGGGAGUGUUUGACGUCGACUUUGCACACGGGUUGACCCUCAUCGAGAUUGCGGACGGUGUUACGGUCGAUGAGAUCAAGAGCAAGACGGAAGCGCCUUUCACCGUGGCCAAGGAUCUUAAGCCCAUGUUGUAA